AUGUUCCUUCUUCCCAUGCUUCUCACCUUUCCGUUCUUCACGGCGGCGCACGAAGGGAUUUUUCAGAGGGGAGCAGUCAAUUUUACCAUUGAGGCUGGCACCUUAGUCGGCACAGGUUUGAUCGAGUUUGCUUCAGACGGCAGCUCUCAAACUACUCAAGACACUGAAGCGUUGGUCACUGAGACUCUUAAGUAUGGUAAAGGUCUGUGCGGACCAACGACAACAUGUGAAGCCAGUACCUCCGCAGUAUUUCUCACAAGAGAAGUCCCACUGCUUCCCGCACCAACCUUGCCGUCUCGUAUACUCUCUGUCAACCAUACUAGGGCUGUUCUACCAUCAAACAUCUCACUCGAAGGGACACCUAUUUCAUUACCCACUAGUCCCACGAUCUCCGAGGCUACGUUUUCGCGCCAUAUGGCUUGUAUCUGGCUCUUGGGUUUCAUGGCAGCGGGUUCGUUUGUCUUUGUUAUCUGA